AUGGAACCCAUUUGGCUGUACUCCACCUGUCAGUGCAUCCUAUCUGUAUCCCUAAUAGUGGUGAGUGUGAGGUUGUGCAAGGCGGUCAGUGGAAGUGGAACAGUGGCUGACAUCCAGGAGGGAACCCAGGGAGCCAGGCCAAAACCCGGGAGCGUCUCAUGCUGUCUGUGUCUGUGCCUGGCCUGGGUGGGGGCUCUUGGUGGUGCAGUUGGGGUCCCUGUGAAUGUGCUGCUGAACCUGCGAACCCCACAUUGUCUGUACACAUGCAUAACCCUGGUGUGCUGCCCCCUGCUGGUGAGGCAGUUCACCAUGUUCCUGUUGAUGAUGCUCACACUGGACGCCCACCUGCAGCAUCACUUGGCGGAACGGUACUCUUCAGUGAUGACACGUCAGCGAGCUCUGUGCGUGGUCCUGCUGUGCUGGGUGGCCUCGGUUCUGUCCUCCUUCGCCCAGUUCAUCGGCUCGGACAUCAUCGACACUUGGAGGAGCGGCAGGAGGGGUCCGGGCACGGCUGGCCUCGGGCUGGUUGGCAAUUGGACGACCUCUUUGCCCCAUCUUACCCCUUCCCCGCCCCCUAAGCACAACCAUGAUCGCAAGGUGAUUGGAAAGUACCUUCCAUACGGAGGCUUCCUGUCAAAGUUUUAUGUUGAAGACAUGCACAACUUCACCUAUGCUGAGAUCCACAGCAGCCACUGGGGAGUGUGCGCCCCUGACACCAUUCUCAGUCCCCAUUUCCUGGUCUAUGUCCAUGGGAUGACAGUGUUUAUGCUCCCUUUGCUAUGCCUGCUGGUCAUUUACCUCGACCUGCUAUGCAUUAGGCCCAGAAAGACUCCUCUUAGUCAUGCAGAUCCACCUAAACAUGACUCCGGCCGGGUCCGCUCCCUUGCUCUUUCCCUCUCCCUUUUAGUUCUGCUGUGCCUGCCACUCCACAUCAUCCAUGCCCUUGUGCUUCACAACCCCACUACCAAUAUUCCUGCCUGGGCUCAUGCAGUUGCCACAUUCCUCUUCCAGCUGUACAGCCUUGUGCCGCAGAUCCUCUUCACUCCUCCUAAAAAACAGAGAGAACGGGCAACCUUUCCUCUUUCUGUUGCCCACAUCCCACCUCCACUGACCCCGUCCAGAGGAAAAUCUGUCCACACGGCCCUGUGUGAGGCAGUGCAGGCCGCUCCGUGGGCUUCAGCCAAACACUCCAUAAAAGCCAAAGUGUGCCCAGAGGUCUGA